AUGCUUUUCCGCAACGAGUACGAUCAACUCUUGAGACGUGCAGAGAGCGUUCAGCGUGGCCAGACUCUCUUUGGCCUACCGGUGAUGGAUAUUUCGGACUUGAAAGCUGUGGGUCGACAGCUGGACCUACUUCAGCGCCUGUAUGGUCUGUACAGCGAUGUUUAUAAACUGGCCGGCUCAUUUGAAGACCAGAUGUGGAGAGACGCCAACAUAGAUGACAUCGAGACUUCUCUUUUGGCUCUGCAGACCAGGUACGCAUAUGUAGGCCCUCUUUUGACAGGCAGUUUAUUUUUCUCUUCAUAUAUUUCACUUCUGGCGGGGUCCAAUAGGUUUCAGUUUCAAUAG